UUAUCAUGGUUUUUUGGAAGAAGGUUUGAAUGGUGUACUCCCAAGGCACACCGCAUUAAUCAUUCCUGAAUGUUAUGUCCUGCUGAUCCAUUCCAUUCUUCCUCGUAUACCGGACAAAUCAGUACAUUUAAACGCCAAUAGCACCAGUUUCUGGUCUGAAGGACAACCGUGGUUCCAUUGGAGUCAAGAGAAUGGGUGAGCUUGACACUAAGCCAUUCCUCAGAGCAGUCAAGAGAAAGUAUACAAGUGAAGAAGCAGGGUACAAAGCGACAGAAAUGUGUUCCUUGUGGGAGGGUUAUAUGAGGGAUCCUAACUGGCAUCCUUUCAAAAUCAUCCUCGCAUCAGGAGUUCAUAAGGAAGUGAUCAACGAGGAGGAUGAGAAACUGAAUGGUUUAAAGGGUGAGUUUGGCGACGAGGUUUAUGAGGCUGUAACAACUGCCUUGACCGAGAUAAAUGAGUACAACCCCAGUGGUCGGUGUGUCUUCCCAGAAUUAUGGAAUUUCAAGGAAGAAAGGAAGGCAACCUCAACCGAGGGACUGUCUUACGUGCUGAAACAAUGGAAAAGGCAUAAAUGAAGGAGAAGAUAAAGUUCAUGACUUGCCUUUUGUUUGUUUUGCAUUGGAGGGUUCUGACUUCGGACAUGGCAUAGUGUGACGGGUUACCCAACUGAACCCCGUCAUGACUCAAACCAUUGUGCCGGAAUUCCAUGUUCCUGGCCAACAUGUCGAGCGACCAAGUCAAAGCGUGUUAGCAACUUCAACACCGAGCCAACUUAUAAUUCAUGCACUUUUUGUCGUGUCAUCUAGGGUCCAAAUGAUUGUACACACUUUGGAAUGUGUUGUAGUAGUUGGAUCCUAGCUUAGGUAUUUUGGUCUAUUUUCUAUGUAUUUUAUCAAGGGUAGUGUUUAUUACACUUCGAGUCCUUGUAUUUCCUUAUGAUCCUUCAAGCAGGCCCCGUGUUCCUUCCUGUUGCAUGGGGAAAGUCUUGUUUUGCUCCUUUAUAUUGGAGGGAUAGUAACCACGUGUUGGAGCUAUCCUCCCAUCAAUGUACCAAGAUAGUGUCAUUGUUUUAACUUUGUCAGCCGUUAGUC